AAAAAAAAGUAUCAUGUAAAACAGCGUAGAAAUUGUGAGCUCUUAAUUUUUUGGUUUGAAUUUGGUUGUAAAUAGUGUAAAUUAACUGAAAUAGAUGAAUUGCCAAUGAAUAUAGAUAUCAUAGAGCCUAUCAAUAGGAUACAUCUAUCGUCCCAGGCCAAGAUCACAUCCCUCCUCUAUCUCAAUCAUAAAUUAUAUGUGGGUUUUAAUAAUGGGGAUCUAUCAAUAUAUUCUACCACCACGUCUAAUGACGAUAAUAACACUAAUGAGAAACUCAAAUUUGAUACUACUUUCCAGAACGUGACGAGAGAUCAUUCUAGUAUCGAUAGGAUAGAACAUCUACCCAUUUCCAAUGAUCAUACCAAUAGUAAAGUGAUAUUAAUCAUCCUGACGAUUGAAUUAUUUCGUGUAUUUGAGAUUAUUGGAACUCAUGUGAAUCUUAUUCAAGAAGUUGAGAUUGGAGUGGAUUUCGUGUAUUAUAAACAUAAUGAUACUCGAUGGUUCAUCACGGGUAUAAAGAAGAAGUUAACUAUUUAUAAAAUUAUCAAUAAGACUCGGAAUAUCCUUCAAUUUCAAAAGUUUAAAGAUAUAACGUUAAAGGAUAGAGUUAAAUCAAUAGCGAAAUAUAAUGAAUCCAAUCUAUUAAUUGGAUUGAUUAAUGAAUAUAUCUUGUUGGAUUAUGAUUCAUUUGAUACAAAACCAUUGACUAUAGAAGGAUUUGGUAAUAAUUCAUCAUUUAGUUACUUUGGAUUAUCCGGUUCAUCCAAGACUUGGAAUAUACCGAUUAUUGAUAAUGAAAUAUUACUUAUUAAAGAUAAUCAGUCGAUAUUAUUAAAUAAUGACAAAAUCAUACCGACUCAAAUCAAAUUAUCUUCCACUAUCCCUAUCCAUAUCAUUUUCCUUAGUCCAAUUUAUUUAUUAAUCGUAUAUAAUAAGAAAUUAGAAAUCAUAGAUUAUUCCAACGGGGAUUUAAUUCAAAAAUUCCAUCAUCAAAUCUCCACUUCAAAUAUUCAAAUCACCGUUGAUCAAAAUAUCAUAUUCCUUUCAUCAAAUUCAGAAAUCGUUCAAUUUAAAAUGAUUGAUUAUCAAAAACAAAUCGAUCAAUAUUUAACUAUAACGGGUAAGGGUUCAUCACAGGGGAAUCUUAAAGACCCUCAAAAUGAUCUUAAAAUCAUUGGAUUGAAUAAAGCAAUUAAAUUAGUAUCGAAACUAGAUCAUGAUCAUAAGUUCUUUGGUAAAUUCGAUCAUAAAGAUCGAGAAAAGCAAAAACAGUUGAUCUUACGAAAAUUAUAUAAACGAAAAGCAAUGGUAUUAUUUGAAUCAUAUUCCCGAUAUCAAGAAUCCUUAGUUGAGAUCGGAUCAGAAUGGUUACUUUCAUUCAGAGAUGUCUUAGGAUUAUUUCCUGAUUUUCUUAAUGGUGAGAAAUUCAUUACUAAAAAGAGAGGCGAUGAUGAUGAUGCCAGUAUGAGUGUGAGAUCAAUAGGUACUAAUGUGAUUAAACGAGUUUCGUUACAAGAUGUUCAAAAGAUUGGUGCUAAUGAUGAAAGUACAGAAAGUCCAACUCCAUCCAUUGCACCAUCGACGGUGACUACUAGCAAUAAUAAUAAGAACAAUAUCAAUCCUACUAAUAUUAAGAAGUUCACUAAAGCAGUGAAAUACUUAAUCAUAUACCUUACCGAUCAAAGACGUAUCAAUCUGAAUUUUUUAAAUGAUUUACCACUCAAAUGGAAAGGUGUUGAAAUCAUUCCUCUGGAUUUAUACCUGAGUAAACAUAAUAAUGGAAACAUUAAGUUUUAUUUAAAUCAAGUGGGGAAAAUCAUCGAUACAUCAUUAUUUCUUUGUUAUUUCUAUACCAAACCCAUGUUAUUGGGUCCAUUAUUAAGAUUACCUAAUAAUUUCUGUGAUGCCAAAGUGGUUAAUGAUUGUUUAUUAUCUACUCAUCAAAUUCGUGAAUUACUUGAUUUUUAUUAUGGACGUCAUAUUCAUGAUUCUGCAUUGGAGAUGUUAUAUAAAUUAAGUCAUGAAGGUGGAAGCAGUGGACCUGAAUUAACUAUACAAUACUUGACUAAAUUAAAUAAUGAUGAUUUAGAGUUAAUAUUUCAAUUUUCUUAUUGGGUUAUAAUGGAAGAAAAUGAUUUUGAACAACAAUUAAUCAAUAGUCAGUUGAUAUUUAUGAAUGAAACUUAUGAAUGUGAAAGUUAUGAUAAUUUUAAAGUAUUGAAUUUUUUUCUUGAAGUGUUAAAGAAUGAUAAAUUAGGGAUUAAUUAUUUAGAAUGGUUGAUUUUUAAAAGUGAAAAGUUGAAAAUAUCGAAUAAAUUUUAUACGAAAUUGAUUUUACUUUAUAUUGAAGAGUUAAAGGAGAUUUCGAAAUUGAAUCCAAAAAGUUCAUUAAGUGAACAUGCCACAUAUAAGAAGUUAUAUAACUUUUUAGAAACUACCACAAAUUAUGAUCCAUGGAUUAUACUAAAACAAAUUCCAUUUGAAAAUGAUGAAUUCUUAAGAUUUGUGAUAUUUAUUUAUAAGAAGUUAGGUGAACAUGAGAAAUCGAUUGAUAUUUUAUUUAAUCAAUUGAAUGAUCUUGAUAAUGCAAUGAAAUAUUGUUGUGAUAUAUACAUUAUAAACAAAACUACAGGUCAAAAUCUUUUACAGAAAUUAUUAGAAGAUUUAUUAAUCAAUUAUGAUGAGAAUGAAGCAUUAAUUGAAAAACUUUUAAAUUUACAAGGAUCUAAAAUGUCAAUUUUAAUGGUAUUAACUAGUUUACCAAAAUCAUUCCCAUUAUUUAAACUACUGAAAUUCUUAAAUAAUCAAAUCAUAAACUCACAACAAAAUAAUUAUGAUUCCAGGAUAAUAUCUCAAUUGUAUAAAGUUGGAUCGAUUAAAUUAUAUGAUAAGAUAUUAAACAUUGAAAGUGAGAAUUAUCUGAUUCAAUCAAAUCGUCAAAUAUGUUCAAUCUGUAAUAAGAGAUUAGGUUAUAGUGUAUUUACAGUGGAUAAACAUGAUCAAAUUAUCCAUUAUGGAUGUGCUCAAAAGGGGAAUAAGGUCACGUAAUCAUCCAUCUCACUCAUUAAUAACUAUCCUCCCUUCCUACAUAUAGUUAUAAAUACCAGUUUAUAGAAAUUGUGUGUAGUUAAUGAUAAA